AGAGUCGUCGGCAACAAGCAGAUCACAAAACCCAAAAGACCUCUGAGUUUCAAUGGCCUCAAUGAAGCAUUUUUUUGCCAAGCCUAAAAAAAACAUCUAUCCACUACCCGAACCAGUUAUGUCCGAAAACGACAAGAAUGUCUUUGAAUUCGACGAAUCUGAUAUUCAUAGUUUCGGCGAUCAUCAGAAGCCGAGUUCAUUCGAAGCCAAGAGAUCGAUAUCAAUCUCGCGACUGCGUAGAAAAUCGGCGAAAGUCGCAGAUUCCUCCGGUUUCGAUAACCGGGAAACAGCAAAGACCGGUUCGACUCCGGUUAACAUCCCCGAUUGGUCGAAGAUUCUGAAGAGUGAGUAUAAGAGCCCUGUGAUGAUACCAGACGACGACAGUGACGAAGAUGACGAGGACGAUGAAGACGGUGACACGACAGCAACGGGAGGAAGAAGAAUGAUUCCGCCGCACGAAUAUUUAGCGCGGCGGAGAGGAGGAUCUUCGUUCACGGUGCACGAAGGGAUUGGUGGAACAGGUAAGGGGAGGAAUCUAAGGCUGUUGAGGAACGCGAUUUGGGAGAAGAUUGGGUUUCAGGAUUAG